GUGAACACAGACAGAAGUAUUAUACUCGUUGCGCGAUAAAUGUGAGCACAGAUUUCGUUCCAUUUACAUUGAAUUAGAAACGGGUCAAUUAGCCGUCAACACCUAUUUAAAUUAAUUUAUAGUUAAAUUUGCCAAAACGGUUCUAAUCAGAUUUUUUUCAAGAAUGGUGCAGAAAGGUCCUCGUCCUUUGGUGCUGUGCGGACCCUCGGGGUCGGGCAAGAGCACUUUGUUGAAGCGUCUUCUGAAAGAAUUCCCGGAUAAAUUUGGCUUCAGUGUGUCGCAUACUACAAGGAAUCCACGUCCAGGCGAGAAAGAUGGUGUGCACUACCACUUCACUACCAAAGACGAAAUGUCCGCGGCUAUAUCUCGAGGAGAAUUCAUAGAAAAUGCAACUUUCAGUGGCAACAUGUAUGGAACAAGUAAACAAGCGGUCAAUGAUGUGCAAUGUAGUGGAAGAAUCUGUGUGCUUGAUAUUGAAAUAGAAGGUGUUAAACAAGUGAAGAAAACUGAUCUCAACCCACUACUCGUCUUUGUGAUGCCACCUUCCAUUGAGGAGUUAGAGAGGCGACUCCGUGCACGUAACACUGAGGAGGAAGAAGCUUUGAAAAAGAGGUUGGAUACGGCACGCAAAGAAAUCUUAUUUGGUCAGGAGCCAGGAAAUUUCCACAUCAUAAUUCUGAAUGAUAAUCUGGACAAGGCAUAUUCAGAACUGCGUGAUUUCAUAUCACAAAACAUGGAAGAAAAGGAGCGAGAUGCGGAAGCAGAAUCUGAGGCAGACAAGUGAACAAUCUGCAUGAAGCAUGAUAUUACCUAUCAAUGCAAACAAAUGAGCAUACAAUGAUAUCCUCAUUUUAUAAUAAUGUUAAAUUGGUGUUAGUUGUGUGUUUAACACUAAUAUUUGGCCCCAAUAUACAUAUUGAAAACAAAUCUAUGAAAAACUACCUCCUAUUAAAUGUUUAAGUACCCAGUAUUGUAUUGCCAUAUAAUGGUCAAGUUUGUUCAAAACUAUAAGGUGUCUGGAAGUCACAUGUUUAGAGUGGUUGUUGUUCAAAUUUAUUAGAUGUUAUAAAUGUUAGAUGGCAAUCACUUAAUGGCAUAUAUUUUUACAGAUUUUCAAACAAAGCUGUGUCUUGAUGUGUCUAAGACUCAUUUUGAUUAAUGAGUAUAAUAAUGCAUAUUAUAUUUUGAUCAUAAAUAAUAAGAAGCUACCAAAAGCUUUAUUUAGUAGAAUUUUUAAAGAAUCUUAAUGUCUAUAAUGUAAGGUAUUGUGUAUUAUUACUAUGUGGAAUUGCUUUUACAACCUCCCUAAUUUUUGCCAGCAGGUUAGGUUGGAUACAGUACCUACCUAAAGCCUCCUAGUGAGUCUAGUCUAAGCUUACCAAUUAGUUCCAUAAGUGUGUAGUUCAAAUUAUAAUGUUAUUUAUGUUAGUAAAACAAUUCCAUUCUCAAAAUACCUAUUAAGCAUUUAAAUAUAUAAUUUUUGUGAGUAUUUGUAGCAUCUUUGACAAAAUGGGGACUCCUAACAUUCCAUAAUAAUCUAUUAAAUAUGUAGUCUUGCUGUAGUCUAUUAUUUUAAAAGACCCGCCCAUUUUUUGUGCCAAAUUUUAUACAAUUUGAGCUGUUUUCUUUAAAAAUCUAUAUUAAAACUAGUGUGCAAUUGUCUAUAGAUAAAAAGUACUUAGAAAUUGUUAGUAAAAAAAGUUAAUAUUAAAUGUAUUGUAAUUUCAUGUAGUGCAGUGCCGUAAAAGGGCAAUUAUUCUCAGAUUUAUUUUAAGUUUUAGCAUAUUUAAACCCAUUUACUCUACGACUUAAAAAAAUACUUAACCUCAAAAUAAAUUGCUAUAAAAUAAUUACGAUAGUUUGAGCUUUACUUAACUAAGGCGGAUUUCUGUGACUCACUGUAACUGUGGAAUUUUUCAUGCAAAAUGUACAAUAAUUCUAUUUUUAUAUGUUUGCUUAUAGCUGUUCUUCGAGGAUUCUGAAGAAAAACGUCGCUGAGAGGUUCUUCUAUAUUUAAAGAUAUAUAUUUUUAGUACUAUCGCUAAUAAAUACUCGUUUAUUAGAAUAUAAUAUCACCUCGAAAUGAUGAUAUACACUUUCUAAGAGCCAGCUUUUUAAAAUAUUUAUUAUUUUUUGAAUGUAGACUUUUCGAGGAAUGCAUUCUUAUUGUUAUAUUUUUGGGGCUUUUUUGUGUAACUACCAAACCAUCUCCAUAUUUUUUGGUGUUCAAUUUUAACCAUUCCAAGAUACUAGCGUUGCUGUACUGCUAUAUAUGAAAUUAUUGUGAUUUGCAUAAUUUUGUUAUUUAUAUACCUAACUACUAUUUAUUCCAAACGAUGUGUUGCGUUUGCAAUAUUCUCAUUUAACGCAAAUUGUAUGUGUUAAGUGUUGUGAGAAUAGCAAUUAAAACUAUUUAAAAUCA